GUAGUCUACAGACUUUCCCGGGGACCAGAGGCAGGCAGAGUGACUUGCCCAUGGUUACGCAGCUGGUUAGCAUCCGAGGCUAAGUCUGAAGUCGGGUCUUCCCGACUUCGGGCCAGCAUUCGAUCCAUCUUCCAAAGGAGAUUCCAUUCAGAUAGAGACCCGAAGCAGUGCGGGUAAAACCCCGGGACCUGCCUCUGCCUCCCCAGGCUGCCAUCCUUCUCCAAAGGCUGCGCUGUGCCCAGGCAAGAAUGGCCCCCGUGCCUCUGACCUUCGGGGCUCCCCAGGAGUCAGUGACAUUCAGGGAUGUGGCCGUGGACUUCACCCAGGAGGAGUGGGGAUGUCUGGACCCUUCUGAGAAGGAGCUGUACAGGGACGUGAUGCUGGAGAACUAUGGGCACCUGGUCCAUCUGGGGCUCGCCGUUUCCAAGCCAGAUGUCAUCUGUCAUUUGGAGAGAGGGGACCCUCCUUGGAAACCAGUGACUAAAGUGCCAAAGUCCAGCUCUUCAGGGAGUCAUCUGCGGGUCUCCAGCUUGAGAGAAGCCCAGGAAGGUGACACCAGUUUGGGCAAACUCCAGAACAAUGAGGGGGAACAUUCUCGGACUCAUACUAAGAAGAAAUCUAAAUCUUCUAAAUGUGGGAAGGGCUCUAAGAGAAGCACAGAAACUACAGAGAGUCAAAAAACUGAUACUGGAGAGAAAUCCCUUGCAUGUGAGGCAGUUGGAAAAAACUCCUUGGAGGCAGCUCUUACUCCAAGUGAGAAAGUACCUUUGAAGGAGAAACCAUCCGAAAGUGAGGAAGCCUCUGAUGGGAAGACAACCCCUAAGCAAUCUCAGACAACUGAUACUGCAGAGAAUGUUCAUGAAUGCACUGAAUGUGGGAAGACUUUCCAUAACAAAAAAGCCCUUACUCGACAUGAGAAAAUUCAUCCUGCAAGCACCCCUUAUGAAUGUGGUGAAUGUAGCAAGGUUUUCCAUAAAGAGGCAGCCCUUAAACAACAUCAGCUAAGUCAUACUAAAGAGAAAUCUUAUGAAUGUAAUGAAUGUGGGAAGAUCUUCCGCAGGAGAGGAGUCUUUAAUAGACAUAUGAAAAUUCACACUGGGGAGAGACCUUUUGAAUGCAAUGAAUGUAACAAGGCCUUCCACAGGAAGACGACUCUUAUUCUCCAUCAGAGAACUCAUACUGGUGAGAAACCUUUUGAAUGUAGCGAAUGUAACAAGACCUUUAACUGCAAACCAGAGCUUACCCGACACCAGAGAAUUCAUACCGGAGAGAAACCAUAUGAGUGUCCUGAAUGUGGAAAGAGCUUCGCCCGUAACUCAUAUCUUACUCAACAUGCGAGAAUUCAUACCGGAAAGAAACCUUAUAAGUGCAAUGAAUGUGAGAAGGCCUUCAGCAGGAGAUCAGAGUUUAUUCAACAUCAGCGAAUUCAUACUGGAGAGAAGCCCCACGAAUGCCACGAGUGUGGGAAGGCCUUCUAUAGGAAGAGAGAACUUACUCAACAUCAGAGGAUUCAUACUGGAGAAAAACCCUAUGAAUGUAGUGAAUGUGGGAAGGCCUUUCACUGGAAAAGAGUCCUCACCCAGCAUCAGAAAAUUCAUACUGGAGAGAAACCUUUUGAAUGUAAUAAAUGUGGGAAGGCUUUCCCCUUUAAUUCCUAUCUCAAUGAACAUAUGAGAAUUCAUACCGGCGAGAAACCUUAUGAGUGUUAUGAAUGUGGGAAGUCCUUUUGCUGGAGACAAGUGCUUAAUCAGCAUGUCAGAAUUCACUCUGGAAAAAGUUACAAAUGCAAUGAUUGUGGGAAGGCUUUCCACAAGAACACAACCCUCAUUAAGCACCAAAGAAUGCACACCGAACAGAAACCUUGCAAAUGUGAUUAAUGGAUACGGGAAGGCCCUUUGCUCCAAAUCGAUAUUUACUCAGCACCAAAGUUCACACUAAAGACAGAUUUUGUGAGUGACGUGAAUGUCAGAGACUUUUUUUUUUCAGGAAUUGAUCGACAGAGAAUUCAUACUGAAGAGAGAUCUUAAGCGUGUCAUGAAUGUUGGGACUGUCUUUAGCCCGAGAUGAUCCUUGAUUGAGCAUCAGAGAAUUCAUCCCAUCUAAGAAAACUUAGAGAGUAUUUUCUGGAUCAUAUGACUACAACUUUGGGCACUAUGUGGUUUUUGUGUUCACGAUCUCUCAAACCCCUCCAAAAUAGCGAUUUUAGGACAGAAAUUUCCUCCAUCUUCAUGAACUUAUUUUACCGGGAAUUCUUUCGAAGUUUUAUAAGUGUUUUGAGUUUAGGAAGACUUUCUGCCAGAAUAAGGACUUCUAUUGUAAAUUAGGAAACUCAUUCUGGAAAAAUAGUUUUGAGUUGAUUGUUAGUAGGUCUUUUGCUAAAGCAUUUCAGUUGAACUCAACAAGUAUUUUUUGACUGUCUAUUGUGUGUCAGGUAAGUGGUGCGGUAAGAGAGCAUUGGGCCUGAGAUAUUGUGUGACCCGGGCAAGUCACUGAACCCUGAUUGCCUCAAUUUCCUCAUCUGUAAAAUGAGCUGGAGAAGAAAAUGGCAGACCACUCCAGUAUCUUUGUCAAGAAAAUCUCAAAUUAAGUCACAAAGAGUUGGACACAAUUGAAACAAGUAGCGUGUCCUUGUAAUGGGGCAUAAAUUGCCCUGCCCUCAAGAAUCUUAAAUACUCCUGGGGAAAGUAACUUAUUCUCUGCCAAUUGAAUUAUGAAUCUUGUCAACAUAUAACCCACGAAGACUGGCCUUCCAUUGGGGAACACGGCAUUUUAAACUCCAGAAAAUCCAUACUGGGCAGAAAACUUAGGAUACAAGAAAAAUUUCCUGUCCAUUCACGGGAUUUCAUGAAAAAUCAGAGUAUUUCAUGUUGUUUCCUGUAUUGGGCCAGAGACCCCAUUAAUACAAUGUAUAUGGAAGGACUGAGUUGGAUCAGAAACCUUUACUAUGAAUUAUAAAAACACUAUAGAGAGAUCUCUAUGAAUAGAUAUGCCAAAAGUAGGCAGCAGUCCUAUUUUUCUGUUUUGUGUAAUGUGGAUUAAAGUUUUGGACACAAAAAGAAUUGAUCUAGUCAUGUGGGAAGAUUGUUUUCUGUCAGGAACUUUUGUAACAUUACUAGCUUUGUGUAUAUAUAAUGAGAAAUCUGGAGUUUCUGUCACUAAAACACUACUUUGUAAGUAGCAUUUCCUUCUUUCCCUUCCCUUCCUUCCCUUCUUUCCUUCUUUAUCUUCCCUCUCUCCCCCUUUCUUCCUUUUCUCCUUCCUUCUUUCACUUCCUUUCCUUCCUUCUCUUUCUUUUCUUCAUUUCCUUAUUUCCUUUCUUCUUUCUUCCCUUUCCUCCAUUCCUUCCUUUCUUCCUUUCCCUUCCCUUCCCUUUCUUUCCUUCCUUCCUUCCCACUCUUCCUUUUUCUCCCUCCCUCCUUCCUUAUUUCCUCCUUCCUUCCUCCUCCUUCCUGCCUUCCCUCUCCCUCUCUUCUCCUCCUCCAUCCAUAUAUUUAAUUAUCUCUAAUAUUCAGCGAACCAGUAAUCUUUGGUAAACUUUGUUAUAUAUUUCUUGUUUUUGAAUCUGCAAAACUUUGUCUUUGUGGUCUGUUGGGCUUUUUGUCAAUACAUGUGAGAUUGUAUAAGAGCAAACAGUCCUGACUGUUGAGACAGCUACUUUUGAGGACAAGAUUUGGCUCUGGGCUCUAAUGUUUCUAACUCCUGGCCUUUAUAUUUGAAUCCAAAAUGAGGAUACAGGAAAUAUGAAUGUAAAAGAAGCAGGCAGGUCCUGUGACUAGACAAGUAUGGAAAGAGUUGUUGGAGAAAGAGUAGUUUCUUAGUCCUAGGAACAUGAUUAAGCCUGAGCCUGAGCAUUCUUCCCAGAUCCCUGUAGGAAGCUGAUAAUCCUCCAAGAUAAUCUUUCCCUUGCCCUUCCAUCAGUCUCUCCUACCUGUGAACCAUGAGAAGGCAUAGAGACGGGGCCAGUGUCUUCUCCAGCUUGAGGCAGAAAUGGCAGCUAAAGCAUGGCCAUGGACUUAGUUGAGCCUGAGCUGGUGUCCUUGCCGCCAGUUUUUUUCUUUCUUUCCUGAGUACUGGUGACAGAGCAAUCAUUUGAAGGUGAAGGUGUCCGGGCUUGCCAGUUUGAGAGGCGAGGGGAUCUUAGGUCCUUUAUCUAGCUCAGAGGGGACUCAAAGCAUGAAGGAGGAGGCAGGGAUCAACAGCUGGUGGGCAAACCCAGGCCCUGCCCUGGAUUGCCAAAUGAUAUGAAAUUAGCUUUGGGAUUCUUAAACGAUAUUUUUAAAAUGUCGUGGACUCCUUUAGCCAUCUGAUUCAGCCUGGGGACCUUUUCUCAAAAAAUUUUAAAAUUUACAAAGUGAAAGAUAAAGGAUCAUUAUAGGGAAUAUAGUAGUCUCCUGGGCAUGGUAGUUAAAUGUAAAGACUCAAAGCUCAUUUGACUGUCAAGCCAGUUCUCCCUUCCCUCCUCACACUAGCAUGAAUCAGUACGGACCCAUCCCAAGUGAAUGCUUCUUGGUCCCUUCCCUCAUUGCCUGGCCCUGCUAGCCUCCGGUGAGUUUUCUCAGAACCUCACCAGGCUUUACUGGUUGGGGAGCCCCAGCAAGGCGCCCCGUUUCUUCUGGGGUGGGACGAUGGGCCCACUCCCAUCUUAAUCCCUGCAUGCCUUUUAUUUUCUGUCUCUAAAUAGAGCCAGCUUGCUUUACUAUCUUGUGAACUCCCAUGUGGAGAGCAAUCUGGAACUGCCCAGAGAGCUACAGAAUUGUGCGAACCAGCAGUGCCAUGACUGGGUCUGUAUCCUGAGGAAAUCAUAAAGGAGGGAAAAGGACCCAUAUGUGCAAAAACGUUUGUAGAAGCUCUUUUUUGUGGUAGCAAAGAAUUGGAAAAAUGGGUAGAUACCCAUCAAUUGGGGAAUGGCUGAACAAGUUGUGGUAUAUGGAGGUAAUGGAAUAUUAUUAUUCUGUAAGAAAUGAUGAACAAGCUGAUUUUAGAAAGGCCUGGAAAGAUUUACAUGAACUGAUGCUGAUUGAAACAAUCAAAACCAGAAAUAAGUUGUAUAUUGUGCAAUGUUCAACUAUGAGAAACUGGGUUCUUAGUAAUUCAGUGAUCCAAGGCAAUCCCGAUAAACUUUGGACAGAAAAUGCCAUCUGUAUCCAGAGAGAGAGAGCUAUGGAGUAAAUCAACCCAUGUUAUGUUCACUUCUUUUUUCUGUUUUUUUUUUUCCUCCUGAUUUUUGUUCUGAUUUUUCUCUCAACAUGAUUCAUAAAGAAAUGUGUAUUUUAAAAGUUAAUAUACAUGUACAACCAGAAAAAAAUAAAAAUAAUUUAAAAAAGGAAAUGAGGUUAGCAAAAUAGUUUUUGAAACAAAACCUCUAGUUAACUCCUAGAGUGAAUUGUUUGGACAAUGCAGAUUGAGGUGAUUUCAUUUCAUAAUACCCUUUUACUGGUUUUAUAAACUGCUUCAAUUGUCUUAUGUUUAGAACUCGACCUUUUGGGAGAGUGUGUAUAUAGCACAGGCUUUGGAGUUCCUCACAUGAAGUUGCCCUACUUCUGGGAAAAAGACAUCUUGAGUUCCCUCAACAAGAAGUAGAAACAGAAGCAGAAGAGUAGCCUCCUUUUAUUAUUAGAUUGUAUUAGCUAGAACAGAUUGAGAAUGUAAAACUAGCAGAAAGGCACUAUCUUGUUCUUUUUCCUCAGAUGCAGAAAGUAGGAAUGGUGAACUGAAUGUGAUAGGGAAGGUCUUCCUUGGAGUCUUGACUAAUGGCUGAAUUUGUUUGUUUUGCUCAUAUUUUAUCCCUGGACGGUUUUUCGAAUAUUGCAAAAGUGAUGUUCUAAAUGCUGCUCACAUCUAGUGAUUGGACUAAAGCUUUAAUGGACCUGAGCUGCUUUCAGAGAAUUCCCUCUUCACGUGGAUAGGUCUAUUUUCAGAUGCUUCUGCAUUUCUUUGUCUCCAAUUUUUUUUUUUAUAAUGGCCUGUUUAUUAUAAUUUAUAAUGGGAGUUGCUGGUUUAACAAGGCUUCUUAAUCUGAAUUUUACAGACCCAAUGGGAUUCGUGGAUAGAAUUCAGUCAUGGAUAGAAUUUCAGAUGGAAAAAAAAAUCUUGUUAUUCAAUUAAUCUCUAUGAAAAAUUCAGUGUUUCCUUAAAAAAAAUUAAAACAAUGCUUUUGUCUGUAUGACUCUGCCAAAGAUUGUUUAGAACACAAAAAAGAGCUAAAUGGUUAUUUCAGACUAAGAAUGCCAUUUUCCCCAGCAAUUAAGCUCUAAGCUAUUCCACUGUUUUCCUUUUGUUUUUAUUAUUUAAAGUACAGACAAAUUUGUCUUUUUUCCUUCUUCCUCUGCAUGCCCCCUCCUCCAUCCAUAGUGGUCUUUCUGAAAUCAUUCCCUUCAUCAUUUCUCAUAGCACAAUAACCCUCUACCACUGUCAUUUACUGUAACUUGUUCAGUCAUUCUACAAUUGAUAGGUAUCCCUACGGUUUUGUACAUAUGGGGUACAUCCUUAGUGGAAGUAUUGCUGAGUCAAAGGUUUGUAAUAUAGUUUGUACCAUACAGCCUUGUAGUAUAGUUUGAGAUCUGAUAUUGUUAAACUUCUUUACUUUCCUUUUUUUUCCAUUGGUUCUCUUCAUAUACUUCCUAUUUUGUUCAAAAUUUUUAUCAUUUAUUCUAACUCUAUAAAGUGAUUUUUUGGUAGUUUGAAUUAAUUUCAGCAGUAUUGUAACUUUUUUUAAAUUAAAGCUUUUUUAUUUUCAAAACAUAUGCAUGGAUAAUUUUUCAACAUUAACUCUUGCAAAAUUUUGUCCUCCAAUUCUUCCCUUCCUUCCCCCUAUUCCCUUCCAUAUGUUAAACAUGGUAAUAUAUGUGUACAUAUUUAUACAGUUAUCUUGCUGCACAAGAAAAAUCAAAUCAAAAAGGUAAAAAAAAAUGAGAAAAAAUAAAAUGCAAGCAAACAACAACAAAGAGCGAGAAUGCUACUUUGUGGUCCACAUUCAUUUCCCAUAGUUCUCUCUCUGGAUGUAGAUGGCUCUCUUCAUUACUGAAUAAUUGGAACUGAUUUGAAUCAUCUCAUUGUUGAAGAGAAUCACCUCCAUCAGAAUUGAUCGUCAUGUAGUCUUGUUGCUGUUCCAAUGAUCUCCUGGUUCUGCUCAUUUCACUCAGAAUUAGUUCCUGUAAGUUUCUCCAGGCCUCUCUGAAAUCAUCCUGCUGGUCAUUUCUUACAGAACAAUAAUAUUCCAUAACGUUCAUAUAUCAUAAUUUAUUCAGCCAUUCUCCAAUUGAUGGGUAUCCACUCAGUUUCCAGUUUCUUGCCACAGAUAUUUUUGCACAUGUGGGUCCUUUUAAGAUCUCUCUGAGAUAUAAUUCCAAUUGAAACACUGCUAGGUCAAAAGGUUUGCAGUUUGAUAGCUCUUUGAACAUAGUUCCAGAUUGCUUUCCAGAAUAGUUGGAUCAGUUCACAACUCCACCAACAAUGCAUCAGUGUCCCAGUUUUCCCACAUCCCCUCCAACAUUCAUCAUUAAUGUUUCCUGUUAUCUUAGCCAAUCUGAGAAGUGUGUAGUGGUAACUUGGAGUUGUCUUAAUUUGCAUUUCUCUGGUCAAUAGUGAGUAUUGUGCCUUUUAUUAUAUUGUCUCAGCCCACUCAUGAGCAAAUGAUAUUUCUAUAAUUAUUUAGAAUUCUAUUUGUGUAAAAGAGUUUUGUAAUUAUGACCAUAUAAUUCUUGUGUGUCAAGACUGGUAGACUACCAAGUAUUAUAUACCUAUAGCUAUUUUAAAUGGAAUUUCUCUAUCUCUCCCUGCUAGAAGUCUAGUGGUAAAUGUGCAGAAAUUAUGAUUUGUGUGGAUUUACUUUAUAUCCUGUAACUUUGCUGAAGUUAUAAUUUUGAUUAGAUUUUUAGUUGACUAAGGUUCUUUCAGUGAACCAUCAUAUAUAUUAUCUAGAAAAACUGAUGGUUUUAUUUCACUUUUUUGCAUAUACUUAUUUUUUUGUCUUAUUGCUAACACUAGCAUCUGUUAGAUAAUAUUAAAGGAAAUAGUUGGGAUAAUGGAUAUCGUUGGAUAUCUUACUAUUAAGACUUUUGGCUUAUUUUCUUUACAGAUAAUGCUUGCUUUGGGUUUUAGAUAAGAUAUGAUUUAAUAUUUUUUAAAGCUCUUUUUAUUCUUAUGAUUUCAUAUGUUUUAAAAUAAGAAUGGGUGUUGCAUUGUCAAAAACUUUUUCUCCAAAUAUUGAAACAAUCAUGAUUUUUGUACUUUUUAUUGUCAAUAUGGUCAGUUACACUUAUUGAUAUUAUUGAAACAGUUCUGUAUUCCUGGUUCACAGUUUAUGGUCUUUGUAAUAUGUGGUUGUAAUUUUCUUCGAAGAAUUUUAUUAAAUUCUUUUGAAUGGA